AUGACAAGUGAAGAGAGCCUCAAUCGAUUUGAAAUGAAUCAAUCAACAAGUUAUACCGAGUCGAUUUAUCAUUUCUGUUAUGGUUUUUUAUUGCAUCAUUUACACGUAAAAAAUAAAUCAAAAUCAUUUGAACGUACUGAAGCAGAAAACGAAGUUGAAAAAAUUAAACCUAUCUAUCCGGUUCGAUUAUGUUUAUUAUUUUGUAAAGAUCGUUUACGCAUAAAACGUUUUAUCACACAUACUAAUCGUUAUAAACGUUAUACACUAUUUUACAAACAAAUUGAAGUUUACUAUUUUACUCCACAUAUGAAACAUUUAGUAAUUUUAGGUAUUAUUUCACCAAAUGGUAGUAAACGUGGCUAUCAAUACAUUUAUAUUGAAAAUAAAGAUGAUCAUUUUAAAAUACAAACAAUAUUAAAUCAGAUAUUUGAAAAUCCAUUGAAAAUAUUAUCAAAUAUGCCGAUCGUUGGUCAAUUGAUUAUUGACAGUUUUAAAAAUGAAUCAAUACGCAGUAGAAGACUUGGACGAUUAAUCAUAGACAGUACAUGUAGACCAAAUAGUGCAAUUGAUAAAAUGCAAGAAAAUGAAGAUUUUGAUCCAGCUAGUGAAGUAGUGUCUAGGAUUGACAAAAUUGAAAUGCUAAUGUAAAUAAUAGAUUGAUACUUAUUCAUUUCG